AUGAUCGACAACCUUGAGGUCGCACCUAUUGGUCACGACUCCGGAGCACGUAGGAGCCGCCAUCUCCGUAAGCUUCUCAGAAUCCGAAACCAUCAUCAUCUAACAUCCUUAACCUCGUCCAAAACCCCCGAUUCUUCGUUCAUUUCUUCACUUCCUCGGAGACCCUUUUCUCAAUCGCCACAAUCCUCGGCAACGUCGGCGGAGAAGACCCAGAAGCGCGCCGAGCCGCAGCUGCGCCAAUUAUUCAGAAACGCCGUUUCCACCGCCGAUGAUGGUACCAAGGCAAUCGACACUGAAGCAGCUCACCCGAAACAAAAAUUGAGGAAAUUGGAGAAAGUUGUGAGGAGUCUGAGCAAGGAGAAGGAUGAAUAUAGAAGAAAAACCCGGCCGCCCAUUCCGCCAAAAACCGAGCCAAUCGAACGAGAUGGAGCUCGGGUUAGUAGUUUGUCUGCGCUUUUCGUUGUUGAGAAGAAAGAGAAAGUUAAAUCAGACAAGCUGCCAAUAGAAUUUGGCCUUGAGGACCCAAAGGUUCACAAAGAGCUUUCGCCCGAGAUGCAAAUGUUGGCUCAAUGUCUGUAUGUAGAGGGGUAUUUAAACAGUGCGAAUUUUCUUCCCAAGGAUGAAUUCGAUGUCACCUGCUUCGAGAUGAGCUAUGGUCGGGAGUUUUUGAAGUCUGCGGCUGUGAGGUUUGGAGAAGAUCACCAGAAGAUUGCUGUGUGGUUAACCGCUAGUGAUCUUAAAAAAAUAGCUCUUUUUGGGUGUCCAUCUUAUGGGUGUAGGUCCAUAUAUGCUGCUAAACACAUGCGCCAGUUCUUUGAAAUCGAGGAACAAAAGGUUUGCGGAAAGUGCACGUUGAGAAACUCGUGCAAGCAUGCUAAUAAGGGAUGGAAUAAAUCUACUCAGUUGAGCUUGGCUAAAGUGAUCCAAGUCCUCGUCAUGUAUGCUAUGGGAUCGGUUCCUGAAAAAUUGGUAGUGCCUGAAGAUAUAAACGACUCAGUGAGUCGAUUGCUGAAGGAGAUUGUAAAUCUUAGCCAACUAGGUUGA